CGUCGGUCGACAUACCCGUUUCCCGCGACAAGAGAGCAUCGUGUUUGCCUGGACUUCAUCGGCACGCAAGAGCAUCGUUGUCUAGGAUCCUGGACGAUGAAGGUCAACAAGUCCUGCGACCAGUGCAGGCUGCGUAAGGUCCGAUGCAUCGGUUUACUUCCAGAGGCUUCUUCCGUUAUUCCUUCGACGCUCAUGUGUAUACCGGCGGUGUCUAGAACCGCAACGAGGAAUGCAACUUCAGCGUCUUCCGGCGCAGGGCUCGAGUACACGUGCCCGCCGCUCUUCUUGCAUUCGAUCCGCCUGGCACCAACCCCGUUCAUGCCGGUGCCGCCGGCGACUUACACAUCGACCGGAUCCUGCGGUGCGGCCCACAAGAAGUCUUCUACUGUGACGACUUCACCAUCGUCAAGGUGCGUUCUGACACGCUUUCCUUUGCCGAGCUCGUCCGUAUCCUUCUUCUCCAACGACCGGGUCACGUCGCUCGCGGCGAGGCUCGGGACAGAGGCCCUUCGCGAGCUCGUCGACGGUCUGGACGACCUGUUCAAGAAGCGCUUGUGCCGCAGGGAGAGCUCGCCAUGGGAGGGCAUCAACUUCCAGAAGUCCUUAGCAGCGGAGAGGGUGGAGCCUUGGAAGGCUAGAGCCUUUUUCGAUGCAUUCUUCGAACACGUCCACCCCGUGUACCCUUUCCUCGACCGCGAGGACUUUGAGGCGCGCGCUCUCGGGCCGUACCUCGACGAGGCGCUAUCCUUCGACCCAGCAUUCUCGGCCCUGUACCACGGCGUGUUGGCCCUCGGGAGCCAGUUUGUCGACGGUGGUAGCUUUGUGCCCGGGCUAGGGCGGGCGUGGAGUCUGUUCCGGGUCUCUCUCGGGUCGCUGUCGGACGUGCUCGCCCCACCGGUGUCUCUGGCGCUCACGGCCAUGUCCAUCUUUGCGAUGAACGCGUGCUGUCUGCAGCUCGACCAGACACUCCUAUCGGAAGCCGCGCGAAUGGCGCAGACGCUGCGGUACCACAAGUCGUCCAACAGCGACGCGAUGCAUCUCAAGACCUUCUGGACAGUCUACUUUCUCGAGAAGACGGCCAGCUUCUCGGAAUGCACCAGCUCGCUGCUGGCCGACGAGGACAUCGGCUGCGCGGUGCCCCUCGCGCCCGAGUCGGUGUUCGGCGAGUACAACUGGCUCCUCUCGGCGAUCCGGCUCGGCAGGAUCUCGUCGCUGGCGUACUCGUCUCUCUUCUCGGUCAGCGCGUCCAUGCAGCCCUGCGAGUUGGCGCUGGUGGCAAUCACUCGCGUUCGGCGCCUCCUCGAGGAUUGGCGACGGUCGGUUCCCGCUGCUUUCAGGCCGGGGGAGGGUAAGCAGCCGCAGCCGGGUGCGUGUCCGAGUGCGAAGAUGGUCAUGUUGCAGACUCGGUACUCGUAUUAUAAUGUGGUUAUCGCGGUGGAUAGGCUGGCUCUGUACCUGGGCCAGGGAACAGCGGAUGGUCGUGAGAGGACGAAGCAUAACCUGAUGUUAACGGCGAGGAGUAUCGCCGAGUUGACGAAGGUGAUUGACGUCGAACCGUACGUUCCAGUCUUCAUCUUGGGCAUCAUGCCUCUAUCGGCGAUCUUCAUCCUCUUCGACUUUGUGAUCCACAACCCGGAGCACCCGGGGACGGCAGAGAACCUCGCGCUGCUGGAGGUGGUAGCGGGACACUUUUGUUCCAUCGACUCGGCUUCGAAGGGAGCACUCCCGGGCAGCAUCAUUUCCGAUUUUGCGGGAAUCGCCAGACGGUAUGUUACGAGAGUCGCGGAAGGGGAUUCACAAGCAGGAACUAUAAAUCCAGGUCAUGAUGGUGCAGACUUGGACGGCGUGAUAGAGGGAUCAGGCGGGCGGUGUCGUCUCAACAUAGCAGCGCACAACAAAGGCUGGAAAAGGUCCGGGAGGGAUACAGACUCGACGGGCAGCAGCACGAACAUGACUUCAGAAACGCCGUCAACCUUGGACCACCUCAGCUAUCCCACACUGGGCAGCACACAAGAUUCAGGCCAGGCGCGAAUGGGAGAGCUGAAGACGCUGUUCGGCUGGGUUUUCCCGGACUGGGGCAGUGAGGCGGAACAAGCGGCGUAGCAGAGUCGGGGGUUCAACUAGGAGUCGGAGAGAAAGAGGGCGGGUGUCAGAUGUUUAUGCACUCGAAUGGAUCACGAUUGUUGAUGGGCGAGUUCGCUGUAGUUGGUUAUGCCAGUAGACGUCACGUUUGUCAACUGAAAUCUGGAGAGAAGAGAAGAGGGAAACGAAGCGGCGGUGCAACAGCGCGAUCACUGAUUGGCCAUGUCCCCGCACGCAAAGGCUUCAUGACGUUCAUUGGCGACGGAUGAGAUGGCGAUGAAAGCGAGGAACCCCGCCAUGCCAU